AUGUCAUUCGCGAGCACCCCGUUAGGUCAAGGCAAACGUGUUGAUCGUCAUACGUUCUUCAACAAGCCUCAUCGACGGGAUAACCAUCUAUUCCAGCGUGCCGCGCCACUAUCAUACUCAUACGCCGCGCCCCCUCUCAGCAGACCUCCUCCUCAACAGCCCGUUCCGCAACAUCCAGAGCGCUCGAACGGCGUGGACGAGACGGCGCUUGUCCGCUUCGCGCGGCUCAAGGAGCGCGAGCAGGUCGAGCAGUCAGGCGUAGGCGUGAACGCAGGCCCGCAUUCCCACAUCUCUCCUCAUCCGGAGAAGUGGAGUGUGUACGACACUUCCGUGAACAUCGCCGGCGCAUUCAACCAGGCCGUUUCAUCCACUGACGGCAACCCUCCUCCUCCUAUGAACCCCAACGAGACAUGGGCUUCCGGCUCUCGUAGGCAGACUCUGCCCCUCAGCACGUCGGUUGAGUACGAGAAAGAGACGCAAUCCACGAUCAAUCGCCGUCUAGCACCACCGUCACUGAGUCGCAACGGGGUGCAGAGCGCGAGCCACAUGCGUCAAGGGGUUUCAGAGGGGGAGGGAGGCACAUCAGCACAGCAGAACGAGAGGGGAAGGAGCACAUUCGGCCAAAUCGUGGAAAUGACGCAGCAACCGGUUGCGUAUCUGAUGCGACCACGGGACCCGAAGUUUACGGCGCGAAGCAACGGAAAUGGCAACGGCUAUGCGAACGAAAGUACAAGCUACGACUAUUCCGCGGAGGAGCGCGAGUACCAAGCGGCCGGCGCUACUUCCCAGAGUCAGGCGCCCAGACAGUCGAACGGCGCCCAUCGGCGUAACCGCAUAUCGACAGACAACAAGGCGUACACGCCGUCGAUGUCCGAACAAGAAGGGUCAGAUGAGGACGACCACGACAAUGAGGGCAAGCGUCCAAAGAAGAAGAAGAAGAAGGGUGGCGUCACGGGAGGGCCACCGUUGACUUCGCUGCCUACCGUUGGCCACGACAAGAAGAGAAGGAGGAGAUCGGGCGGUAACUCGACUGGUCUGGAAGAGGAAAGGGAGGGGGAGUCAAGCGGUGACGAGCAGGAUCGUGGUAGUCAGAAGCACUCACAACGUGGGACGCCUCCACAACAACGUAUUCCAUCGGCGUCGCGCGGCUCCGUGCCCCCAGAGACGUCAGGUUUUUCCGUCGGCCGGGGAUCUGUGCCACCUCAGGGCGACUCGACGAUGUUCGUAGAGCGGGAGCUGCUUGACGAGAUCGACGAGAGCGUCGUGCUCGACAGCACCGAUGAUGUGCCGCACCGGGCGACGUUCUCGAUUGGCGCGACGCUGGGCACAGCAACGAAUCUGAUCAUCAGGCUGGCUUGGACGAUCAUCCAACUGAUGUUCGGCGUCUUGGGACUAAUGGCGCGACCGUUCGGCAAGGCGUUCGGGGCGGUAAUGGACGUGUUCUGGCAUGCACCUCGGCGGUGGAUCGCCGGCAUGACCAUAGGAAGGCUGAUCAAGUACGGCUUCAUGGGAUACCUGCUCUACACGGCGUAUGUGAUCUUGUACCGGUUCGCGGAUGGGAACAUCACCGUCUCCUGGGAUCCCUAUCCUCAGCCUGUUCACUAUACGCCUGCGCUCCCGGCACCUGACGAAGUUGGGGUCCGCCUGCAGCAGCUGGAAAGCGCUCUGGCGGUGCUAUCUGCGAAUACGGAGCGUUCCCGCUCUGCGAUAGAUAACAGCCGCUCUGAGUUGCUUGGGCGCGUGAAUGUGCUCGAGAAUCAGGUCUCGAAGGAGCGUCAGCGCAAGUGGGAGGAGGAGAGGAAAACCAGGAAGACAACGAGUGAGGCAUUGCAGGCCGUCAAGCAGGAACUAGACGUGCUGCGGGAACAACUUCGGCUUCAAGAGGAGAUGCGAGGUAAUGCUGAGCCUGUGUUCAUGCCUGACGAGGAGGCGCGGGCUAGAGUGCGCGCUCUGGAAGAACGAUUCGGGAGUGUCGAGAGCGGAGUCGAGCAGGCUUUGCAGCUCGGAAAGAGCGCGGUAAAGGCGGGUCGCUCUGCGAGUACAACAGGAGCAUGGUGGAACAAGCUCACAUCAGGCAAGAGCGGCUCCCAGCUGGUGAUCAAGUCCAGCGAUGGCCAAGAUGUCAGCUCACUGAUCAAUCAUCUCGUCGAGUCCUCAGUCUCCCGCCUGACGAAGGACACCCUUGCCCGGACGGACUAUGCACUCUACUCUGGUGGCGCGCAGGUCAUUCCGUCGCUUACAAGUGAGACAUACCAGAUCGAGAAUGGAUGGGGGAGCAAGAUUAUGGGCUACUUUGGCGGCGGCGUCGGAGGGUGGAUUGGGCGCCCGCCUGUGACUGCGCUACACCACGACAUCAAUCACGGCCAUUGCUGGCCUUUCCCUGGCACUCAUGGUCAGCUUGGUGUGAAGCUCGCGGCACCGAUAUACAUCUCUGCCGUUACCAUCGACCAUGUCGCGAAGGAGGUCGCCACGGAUAUGCGCUCGACGCCGAGGCAGAUGGAGCUCUGGGGCCUCAUCGAGGGUGAAGAUAACAUCGAGAAAGUGAAGGAAUGGCGCGCCCUGCGUGACGCGAAGCGGGAGGUAGCGCGCACUGAGGCGGAACUACAGGGGCGGCCAUUCGCCGACCAGACGGAACCUGCGUACCCGUCGACGCUACCCAAGUCGCCCGAGUACUUCCGUAUCGCAAGCUUCACGUACAACGUGCAUUCGCCGAACAACAUCCAGACGUUUGAGAUUCCGGAUGAGAUCCAGGAUCUGGGUAUCGAUUUCGGUGUGGUCGUCUUGCUGAUCGAUAACAACUGGGGCAGGGAUGACUUCACUUGCCUCUAUCGUCUGCGAGUCCACGGAGAGCGGAAGGAUGAGGUGCCGCCGCCGUAUCCAGAGGACUGUGCGGGGCCAUAA